AAGAAACCUUCCUUUCCUUUUUUUUUCAAUUAAAAAAAAAAAUAUGAAAUUUGCACUCUUGGGAAGUCUUCUUUUCUCAGCCUCUUCUGCUCUUGCUGCUCAAUCACUUGUAGGUUAUUUUCCUAACUGGCUUUAUGCAAAGUAUCCUGUAUCUCAAAUUGAUUUUAGCAAGUACACCCAUAUUAAUUAUGCAUUUGCCAUUUUGAUCAGUGGUGCGACGCCCACUUAUACCGAUCCUCAACAAGUGGAAACACAAUUACCUCAAUUAGUAUCUGCUGCUCAUGCUAAAAAUGCCAAAGUCCUUCUUUCUGUAGGUGGUUGGUCCGGUUGUUUGACUUAUAGUACUGUGGCUGCUGAUGCUUCUCAACGUCAAACCUUCAUCAAUUGGAAUAUUGGUGAAAUCAAGAAAUAUAAUUUGGAUGGCAUUGAUUUGGAUUGGGAAUAUCCUGGUUCUCAAGGUGCUGGAUGUAAUGUUGUGGAUCUUCAAAAUGAUGCUAAAAAUUAUUUGACUUUACUUCAAGAAUUGCGUGCUGCUCUUGAUAGUAGUUUCCCUGCUGGAUCCAAGGAAAUCUCCAUUGCUUGCCAUGUACGUACAUUCAAGGUACCUGGUGGUUAUAUGACAGAUGUAUCUGAUUAUGUCAAAGUGAUUGAUCGAUUCAAUUUGAUGACUUAUGAUAUCAAUGGUGCCUGGAACUCCACUUCUGGUCCUAAUGCACCAUUCAACUUUGAACCUGGAUUGGGUGAUGCUGAUAGUUUUGUGUCCUCCAUUAAUAAUUGGAUGUCUGCUGGUGUACCUGCAAGUAAAAUUAUUCCUGGUGUUGCCUUUUAUGGACGAUCUGCAACUGCUACUGUUGACAUGUCAAAAACAAAUCAAUAUCAACCUCAAAAUGCUGGUAAUCCUCCUUCUGGUGAUUCUAAUGAUGCUUAUUGGCAAGAUCCUUAUUGUUCCAAGGACCCUGGUGGUGUUUCUGGUGUAUGGCGUUAUGCUAACUUGCGAUCUCAAGGUGUACUUACCACUCCUACCACUGCUGCUUCUCCUUGGAUUCGUAACUGGGACAACAUUACUCAAACACCAUGGUUAUUCAAUCCUACUACCAAAGAUUUCAUUUCUUAUGAUGAUCCUACUUCUGUUGGUAUUAAAACAGAUUAUGCACUUAGCAAGAACUUGGGUGGUUUGAUGGUUUGGUCUGUGGAUGAAGAUAAUGGUGAAUUAUUGAAUGUUGUUGCUAAGAUUUUGACAGGUUCUAGUGGUGGUGGUAAUGGUGGUACUGUUACUUCCGCAACAUCUGCUACUACUAGUGUCAAGCCUACUUCCUCUGCUACUAGUGUUAAACCUACUUCCUCUGCUCCUACUUCUUCCCCUACAUCAUCAGGUGGUUGUGGUUCUAUCAAGGCUUGGGAUAGCGCUACUGUUUAUGUUGCUGGUGAUCAAGUUACUUACAACGGUAAGAUAUGGAAGGCUGCUUGGUGGACUCAAGGUGACACUCCCGGUGGUUCUACUGGUGUUUGGACUUCUACUGGUAGUUGUUAACUAACAAUCCUAAGUUGUAGUUUAACUAGUUAGUAUUACACUUACUUUUACUUUAUGUUUAUUUAUACAAUAUAUUUUGAUUAAUAAAUCAAUUCUGUAUGUUGUACCUCAU